AUGGCCAACCACCCAAAGUUCUCUAGUAGAGGGAUCGUCAUGGGCUUCCCUUCGAAGGAGUAUUUGGUGGUGCCGAAGCCGGUUGUGCUCUUCUUCCUCUUCCUCGGCUAUAUUAAAUUUGCCAUCUUGAUGGCCCUCUACUGCCUUGGCCUCUAUGACUCACUCGAGCCGCUCAUCUCUCCUUUGGAAGAGUUUGAGUUCUACUUCUUAGAUGGUAUUGAGGUUUCACCAUUGACGAAGCCUACUUUUGAGAUCAAGAAGCAGCUAAAGGUGGUGGAAUUCGUUAGCCUAGCGCAUAAGUACCAGGUGGAAGAAGAUGAGUAUGAUGACCAUGAUAAUGGGCCAAGAUGUGUUGUUUGCCUAGGCAAUUUGGAGGCGAAGCAGAAGGUUCGAGAGCUCAAGAAUUGUAUCCAUGCCUUCCACGUGGAGUGCAUCGAUAGAUGGAUGGAUGCGGGUCAACUAAAUUGCCCUUUGUGCCGGGCAGAUCUAUUGCCUACUAUCUCAAAGGAUGGCAAAUGGGGAAGCUUCCUUCAUAGUUGGGGGCGUCGGGAGUGA